UUUUGAAGGUUACAGCUGUCAAAAUUUAAGGUUAAAUAAAACUAAAUAAAAAUCAAGAUAUAAUUAUUAAUUACUAUGACGACGAUAAAAGUUGCAAAUGAAGACGAAUUGAUCAAAAAGUUGUCUUUGUACAUAGAAAAAAUAUCAAACGAUGCUAUACUCAAUCGAGGAAAGUUUUUCAUCGGCCUUUCCGGAGGUUCAGUUGUGAAAUAUUUAUGUGAAGGCUUACCAUUAGUAAACACAGAUUGGUCUAAAUGGUCACUAGCUUUUUGUGACGAGAGAGUGGUUCCUGAAGACAGUGAGGAUUCGACAUUUGGCACUUACAGUAGACAGCUGAUACCUAAAACUCAAUUAACAAAGGAGCAAUUUGUUGUUAUUAAACAAGGUGUCAGUGCCGAAGAAGCAGCUAACGACUAUACGCAGAAACUAAAGGAAUUAUUCAAAAGCGACAAUUUCAACUUUGACCUAUUACUAUUGGGUAUGGGACCCGAUGGGCACACCUGUUCAUUAUUUCCCGGACAUCCCCUACUCAAUGAGACGUCUUUAAAGAUAGCCCCUAUAACAGAUUCCCCAAAACCUCCCCCAAGUCGAAUAACUAUGACUUACCCAGUUGUAAAUAACGCUAGGAACUGCAUAUUUGCUAUUAGUGGUUCUGGUAAAGCUGAUAUGAUCAAAAGGAUAAUAAAAGAUAAAGAAGACUUACCUGCCGCCAGAGUUAAACCUGAAGGUUCUUUGUAUUGGAUUGUGGACGAUGCAGCAGCAAUACAUUUAUAAUUAUUUCAAGCUUGUUACUAAAAUGGUGGCCUAUUCCUCAAAAAUAAAAUGGUAAACUAAAAUAUGGAUUAAAAAUUACCAUCAUUGUUUCUCAAAUGCAUAAUUAUUAAAUUGCAUUUUAAUUUUACAAUAAAAUAAACCUUGGUUGCAUAGAUUUUAAAAUUUUAUGGGCAUGUUUUACUUGUAGUGGAUAAUGAAUGAUCACUUAACAGUUAUAGCUAAUCAAAUGAGAAGAAACUGGUCAUAAUGGCCUAUUCUAGCUGCUGCUGUUAGUCUAUUCGUAACUUAUUUGCAGGAUAAACUUUAUCCACAGUGAAUAAAGUCCUAAAUAAAUAUCAAGAUUGUUUGUCAGGCCACUCAUUCAUCAAGUGUCCAAUUAAAUUGACAAAUCUAUGUCAAUACAAUUUUUUAUAAUUUAUGCUUCAUUAGUAGGAUAUCACACAAUUUUGUGCCUUGGGGGUUGAUGGGUUUUUUGUAAUUUUUAUUAUUAUAUGGCUAUUGCUAAAUUAUUUACUAUGUAAGCACUUGUUGCUAGUUUAGGAAUUAUACUAUGUUGACCUUUCUGUUUAAUAAAAGAUGAAAAAUA